AUGUCCGGGAUCGCUCCGUUUCUAGGAAACCCUAGCGCGAUGUGGGCGUUUCUGACGACUCGCCGAGUCCGUAGAAUAGCGUUCGGAUCUGGGACGACUCCCGAGAACACGUCGCAGCCGGUGUGGACGCGAGGCGUCAUUCCGUCCUCGCCUGACGUGUGGAUAUGGCUUGGUGACAUGGCGUAUCUGGAUGAACCCGAGGUGAACUGUACACGAUGGCCGUUACAUCCGCAAUGUAACUGUACCAGCGACUGGUUUCAACAACGGGGCAUUUCUUGUGUCAGAGGAAACAGCAAGUAUGCCGUCACCCGGAUGCAGCAGCAGCUACAGAACCCGGAUUAUGUAAACAUCCUGGGCGUGUAUGAUGACCGGGACUUUGGCUGGGCGCACGGGUACAAGCGGCUGAUGCACAAGGACCCGCUCAAGACGGUUUUCCUGGACGCCCUGGGCGCGCCCAAGGAGGACCCACGGCGCGACCGGGGAGAUGGCAUCCAGGCCGUGUAUCACAUGAACGAGGCGCUGCCAGGUCAGCAGAUAGACGUGUUCCUAUUGGACGAGCGGUACUACCGGGAGAACCUGCCGUGCCACGUGCGCCGGGAGUUCUGCUCCUCCGUAAUGGACCUCGACAAACCGCACAGCUGGCGCUCGUGGUGCGGGGACUUUCUAGGCCGGGAGGUGCCGCGGAAUCGGUGGUCGUGCUGUGACAAGGACGAGAAACUCUUCCAAGCGUGGUGUGGGCAGGAGGCGCACCGCAACCACUCCCUCUGGGAGGAAGCCUGCAGCCCGGCGCACGAGGCAUUCGGAUCACAGAAGAUCAGCGUGCGCAAGAAGGGCAAGGACCCCGCUCUCUGGGACAUCUACAUAGAAGAACAGCCGGAGCCGCAUAAUUCCCAGUACUGUGAGGUGCUGGGGCGGCAGCAGCGCCUGUGGCUGCAGGAUGAGUUGCACGACUCCAAUGCGCCCAUCAAGGUCAUUGUGUCGCCCUCGCCGCUCUUCACCAAUCCGCUGCCUCAGCCCUGCUCGCCGUUCCCGAAGCAGCUCUCCACUGCUGCCACGCUUACCGGGCCGUAUGGGACCGAGCCGCCUGCCGAACCGGAUUCUGCAGGCUCGGCAACAGCAGCAGCUCCUUCCGGUGCCAAUGGUUCGGUUUCCGAGCCUCCUGCUACGUCUGUUCCUCCUGUGGCGCCAGUUGCGGAGGACCCGGUUACCAACGUAACGCAGUGCACGUGCUCGGGGGACGAUUGGGAGUGUUACAAGCCGGCACAGCUGCACUUUCUGGAGAUGCUGUCGCGGGUGGAGAAGGGGUGUGUGAUUCUGCUGACAGGCGACAUGGGGUACUCAGACAUCAAGGUGUUUCGGCCGGGUCCAGGGCGGCCAUACACGGAUCUCUACCGCAGCUCACAGCACUAUCGCCCCAUCUACCAGGUCAUGGCAAGCGGAUUGACAAGGAGACCACGAAUAGACACGUCCUGCAGUCCAGGCAACGCGUGGACACAUGAUCCACUCAAGAUGCGGCAUCCCUCCGAGUGCUCCAUUGCCCCCGCCCCCUCCUUUGGCAUGGUGGAGGUGGACUGGGAUAGAGAAAAGUUGGUGAAGCUACAAGUGAGGGAUGGGGAUACGAGCCAACGUCACCUCGUCUCGCGCGCUGCCUCGCGCGCGCUUCGCUUACGACGACAGCAAGGCACCAGAUGGGGCGUUUCAAUCAGCCGUACGGGCCACGUGGCACAAGAUGAACCGGCGAAUGAUACUGCGCAGCUGAAUACGUACUCCCCAGCUAAGUACGCAAGAGCGCUUCUUCCGCGCACAUGGCUUCCGCCCAGUGGCGCGGCUACUGGGAGCGGCGGGAUUUUCAGCCCGGAGUGCAGUUCGCGGGAGUUAGAGGUUCGGGGGUGGCGAGGAUUAGCUAGUUCAGCGGAAGCUGCGCCAGCGGCGGAUGCGGACGAGGUAACGCGGAUGGCGGAGGCUCAUGCGCCAGAGGCUGCGGCGGCGGAGGGAGACGCGGAGAAACACGGGGACGUGGACAUCAUCGUGGACGCGUCACCCGCCCACGUGGCACGCAUCUUCCGCGAGCGCAAGUUCCGCCCCGUCGUGAUUGGCCGCCGCUUCCCCAUCUGCCGCGUCUUCCUAAAAAACGCCGUCGUGGACAUUUCCAGCUUUGACAGCGAGCCAACCGCAGUGAUUCCCCCUGCUGUGCCGUCAAAAGACGAUGCACUGUUGGCAGCACCGGCCGAUCAGCCCUCCUCUGCGUCAGAAGCAGAACAGCUUGCAGCAGCAACAACAGCAGCAGGGGAGGAUGGGAGCACAGAUGGGAGCACAAUAGGGUCUGUGGACGGGGCACAGGAGGCAGGAGGGGUGGGAGAGAGGGAGCGCUGGGAGGGGGUAGAUCUGGUGAAGGUUGUAUCUGUGGAGACAGAUGGCUGGGCGGAUGAGGGGGAUGAGGAAGGGGAGGAGGGGGGAGGGGAGAGGGCAGCAGGGGUUCCAGCAAAAGCAGUGGAUUGGAGGAGCGCGGCAGUGCGGCCAGCGGUGCAGCGGCAUGCGUAUGUGUGGUUGGAGGGGGAUGAGCGGCGCUGGCGCAACGCCAUGAAGCGCGACCUCACUGUCAACGCCCUGUUCUUUGACCCACAUCGGCACAUGCUGUUUGAUUAUGUGGGGGGCACCCGCGACCUCUACAAACAGACCCUUGAGGUUCACUUUCUGUUGCUCUGUGUCUGUGUGCCUGUCUCUGUGCUCGUCUGUCCUGCCGCCAUCAGGUGCGAAUCAUUGGCGACACGCGAGCUGCACUCAAGUCAAUCAAUCAUCACACUUGUGCUCUCUUGUGUCUCUGUGUCCACUUAUGCCCACCACCAUCAGGUGCGCAUUAUUGGCGACACGAGAGCCAGCUUCCAGGAGGACCCUGCGCGGUGUGUGAGGGCCAUUCGCGUGGCAGCGCGGCUGGGGUUCCGUGUGAGCACGGGGGUGACCCGCGCGCUCAAGGCGCCCUCCACCCUGCCCGCCCUCGCCUCUCUCCCUCAGUCUCGCAUGCAAAUGGAGCUGGUGCAGAUGAUGUCUCACGGCGCAUCUGAGCUGUCCGUUCGCAUGCUCUGGCAGUUCAACCUGCUCCCUCUGCUGCUGCCGUUACAAGUAAGUGCUGCCAGGUUCUGCCAGGCACUACCUGUUUACUGCCUGCUCCAGAUACUACCUCCACUGGUGGCAGUCCCUUCCCCCGUCCUAAUCCCAACUCCUCUUUUCCGGUGCCCCUCCCUCUCCCCGCUCUCCCUCCUCUCUCCCCACCAGGCGCAGUACCUGCGGGCAAAGAAGUUUUCUCAGAAGGCGAUGACAGACCGCCCUGACCUCAUGUUUGACUUGCUACACGAGCUGGACGCACUAGUGCAAGCAGACAACCCAUGCCACCCAUCCACGUGGCUCUCUCUCCUCGCCCUCCACCUGGCGGCCUCUGAUUUGCCGAACCACCUCCGUCCUCUCGCCCUCCUGACAGCUGUCCUCGCCGCCCACCCCUCCUGCCCGUCCGCUCGUAUCGCGGCACGUGUUGCCAUCUCCUUCGCCCAGACCUCCCAUCCAAACCUGUGCCGUAGGCUCGGUAUUCAGGGUCUGACCUGGCCGAGUGGGGAGACGCCGAGCCUGACUGGUGAAGGCUGGAGGGAGAAGGAAAGCAGGUUCGGGCCGAAGCAACAGGGGGGACAGAUAGGAGAAAGCAGUAGUGAUGGAAGCAUUGGAGGAGGAGAGGAAGCAGGAGGAGGGAAGUGGGCAACAGAGGGAAGCAAGGGGAUGGAAGAAGUAGAUUGGGAGGGAUUCAGGGAGGUGGAGUGGGGAGGAGAGGAGGGGAUGGAGGGGGUGGGGCGAGGGGAGGUGGCGAGGGCAGUGAGGGGGGCCGUGGGGGCUCUGAAGGCGAGGAGGGAGGCGGUACUGCAGGCAGCAGGGCAGGUGUUGACGCCUGGUAUGGCUUCAGCAGUGGCAGAGAGUCUGGGGAGGGUGCGAUCAUGGGGGCAGCAGUGGCGCGAGGAGCAGCAGAUGCUGACUGAUGUGAGCCGGUUGCUGGUCGCACUGGAGGGCACGGGAGGGAUGGGCGGAAUGGGGGAUGUGAGGAGGGAUUGGAGGAGAGGAGGAGGAGGUGGUAUGGGAGUGGAGGGAAGCGAGGGGGAUGAGGGGAAGGCGGGGGAGGGUAGGAGGGGGGAAGAUGUGGUGGCAGGGGCAGAGGAAGGUUCUAGUGGUGAUGGUGUGAGUGAUGGUGGUGAGUGUGACAGUAGUGAAGGGGAAGAAGGGGCGAUGUCUGCUGCUGGUGAUGCUGCUGGUGAUGAUGCUGGUGAUGAUGCGCAUGGUAGUGGCAGUCAGCGGGCGGCAAGAAGGAAGAAGAACGCAUGGAGGCCUACCACGGAGGAAGAUAUCAUCCGGGCGGCAUCUCUUCUAGCAGUGAGGGCAUCGCAGCACGUGCACCACAUGGUAGACGACAAGCUUCUCUCAGCCACACUGCAUAACCUCACCAGCUUGGAGCGCCACGACAAUGUGUUCAUACAGCAGAAGGUGGCGCAAUCCACUCAUCAGCUUUUCCACGAGAUCAUAUGCAAGUCGGAGGUCAAUGAGGACGAGCAUGCGCUAUUGCACUUGAGGUCUAAAUCGCUCCGAGUUCUUGAGGAUGGGCCUGAAGGCUGUGGGGGAGAUGAUCCGCGGGAUGUAGAGCAAGUGGAGGAGUUGCUUUCUCCGUUGAAGCAGGAGCGCUUUAGUAGCAUCAAGUUUGAUUUGAAUGAGGUGGCUUCGAUUUUGGUGCACGUGAAAAGCAAGCCAGUGCGUCGUAGUUUGCGAAACGGGUGGUUCGGUGCGGGCGCAUGUUCCGAAAUCAACGUUCGACGUCCGUUUGAUCCGUUCAUGGAGAUCGAGUUGCAGCAGCCUCUAGCUGCCGGCGGUUCUGCCGGCAGCGCUGACGUCGUCCGUCUGGUCGCGGCGGAGCAUCAACGGAUUCUGAACGCCUUCCGCAAGGCCCUGGAGUCCCCGCUCCCCCCCAGCCAGCUGGCGCUGCCAACCCUAGCGGAAGCGCUGCAGCUCGGGGGAAGUGUGGGGAGCGGUGAGGGAACCGGCAGCGCAGCAGCGGGGACGACCUUGCCGAAGGAGGGCAAGCUGACAGCGGAGCAGAACCAGCUGCUGGAGAUCGGCUUGCGCUCGCUGCUGCAGAGCCUCGUGGAGAGUGCAGCAGCGCAGGGCGUGUCAGUGCUGAGUUACAACCCCACAGGCCCGCCUGGUGGGCUAGGCAGCUCAGCAGCGGUCAUUCGCCUUCUCGACGUGGUGCUGCAUCUGUGUGAGGCGGGGCGCAUGGAGGGCGGUGUGGUGUUCCAGCUGUUGGAGGAUCUCAUGGACCAGUCGCCCAUCGCCGACUGUCACCUCGUCUUCUCCUACAUUGAGUCCAAGCAGCACGUCCUUGCCAAGGAGCACAUACUGCAGCGAGGCAAGCUGGUGCUGCUGCGCGCAUGCAACCAGCUCUUACGACGGCUUUCCAAGGCUAACGAUCUGGUGUUCUGUGGGAGAGUGCUCAUGUUCCUCGCAUACUUCUUCCCCAUCGCUGAGAAAUCAGUUUGUGCCACGUUCAUCCGCGUGUAUCUCCCCAUUUUCCGCAACCUCCUCACCCACCGUCCGCUCUCCCCGCCACCAGCGGUGAACAUCAAGGGCGCGUUCAACACGUCCAAUAAGACUGACUAUGCUCGAGAGGCCCCCCAGGAUGGUGAGGUCCUAGGCCUGGACAUGGGAUUCUGGAGAUGCUGGGAUGGUUGUUGCAAUUUCUCUCGGUCUCUUUGUUCUUGUGCUCUCUCUGCAUGCACAGGUGGUCCUCUCCUGGACUUCACGUUCUACACCACCUUCUGGAGCUUGCAGCCACUCGGCACUGAAACCGAUGCAGGGACAGAGGCAGGGACGGGCGUAGGGGACGACGCAGGGGCAGGGGCAGGCGGGGAAGGAGCAGAGGGAGCAGGUGCAUCGGUGGGAGGAGGAGCAGGGGGCGGGGAGCGGGGAGCAAUGGGGGCAGGGGGAACAGGGGGAGCAGCAGGGGGAGGGGGUGGGUCAGGGGAGGCGGUGGGGGAGAUGUUGGGGGCGUACAACAUGAAGUACCUGACGAGCACUAGCUUGUUGGAGCUGGAAUUGCGAGAUGGCAGCUUCAGGCGCCAGUUCCUCGUGCAGUGCCUCAUCCUCCUCGAAUUCCUCAUGAUUCCAGGGAAGUCAGAGAAGGACGACAAGCGAGAAGCCAUGAGAGCGGAGGCCCGGGAGUUUGAAGCUCGAGUGAAGAAGCUCCUCAGAAGAUUACCGCCGGGCGGCGAGGACUUUCUGUCGACUGUGGAGCAUGUGAUGCAGAGGGAGAAGCACUGGGUGGCAUGGAAGAAGGAGGUGUGUCCGCCCUUCGACCGGCCCCCAGCUGACCUCACUCCCCGUCGGGACCCAACCCCCAAAAGGCCACGUUACCUGAUGGGCAACAAGGAGUUGGACAGACUUUUCAGAUGGGCUGACAAACACCCUGACGCAUUGACGGACCCGGAGCAGGUGGCAGUGCCAGCAUUUCGAGACUUCAUCCAACCACUGGCGGAUGAUAUGGACCCCGAGAAUUGCAUAGAGGCGGAAUAUCACCGGACCAAUGACAAGGUCUUCUGUUGGAGGGCGUUGCGCCUUGCUGCUCGAUCCGACAUUGAGGCUUUCAACCGGUUUGGAGAUCUGGGCAUGGAGGGGGUGGUGCCCCCGGACAUGCUACCAGACGAGGUGCGGGUGAGGCUGCACAAGAGCAAGCCCAAGAAGGACUCUCAUGGUGAUAGGGAUGCGGCCAAGGAUGCUGGUAAAGGAGCGGCUAAUAAAGAGGCUGCGGCCGAUGCAGGGAAGGAUGCUGCCGCUGGUAACGCCCUGCCUCCUGCACCAAAUGCAGCUACGCCUGCAACUCCUCCGCAAGUUCCCCCCGCUGCUGCUACGGCUGCCGUCCCUGCUUCUACCCACCCUUUGGAUGCUCCGUCCACGCCUGUAGCACCUGCUACAGCUGCUGGGACCCCACUCGCUAGUUCAGCAGGCGGAAAGACUGGCUCGGUUGUAGCGGCAGGUGGAGGGGACAAAAAGGGUGAGGGAGGGGGUGAUGGGGAUGGCACACCCGGCGCAAAGGGGUUUGUGUUUGAUCUCAAUAUGGAUGCUCCAGAUGGCUCCCCUGCUGCUGCUGCUGCUGCUGGUGCGGGUGCGAGAUCAACGCCUGGGAGUGCUGGUGUUCCUGUGUGCCGUUGUGAAUAUGCUGCCGUGAUUCUGCGCGCCACGCACUCGAUACAUGUGCGGGACGCUUCCGUGGCAGACCUUUCAAAAGUCCACCGAGAAUCGCAGAAUCACUGUUGCCCUCAGCGGUGCUGGAUUACUGCGCGUCUUUCCGAUAAAUGGCUUCAUGCAACCAGCUGGCUGUAA